UUAAACAGAGGGACGUUUGAAAUCAAACAGCCAGCUUUUAAUAAGUGCUAUUCGCUAGCGUUUACAGCCAGAAGUAUCACAUUUAUGUUACUUUUUCAAUUAUAUUUCAAAUAGGUAUUUACAAUAGGAACAUUAUUCAUUAUUUUGCAGCGCUGUUAAAGAAAGUCUGUGUGUCCUUGGGUUGUAGAGGAUAUUACUUUAUUCAUGUAGUUAGCCACACACCAGCUUUCGUGAAGUGGCCGACGUAGCUGCUAGCAGACUUGUGGAUCGUUGCCUGGUCGAGGGCAGCUUUAGUUCUGGAUAAAUCAACGGACAGUAGUUGAUUGCCGCCAUCGUGCAAUAGUAUAUUCAGAAAAUGGACUCUUCUGGCACACUCAAGAUGACAAACGGCAACAAACUUCAAAGGCCUGAAACAAAGUCAAAUGGUGAGGGUCCAAAACGGAUUCCUGUGUCACAGCAGUCACAUGUGGUUCAGAAGGCUGUUGUGACACCAACUCAGCGGGUUCUUUGUGCUCCAAAUGGACCUCAGCGUGUUCAGCGGCCAGCCAGCCAUCAGAAAACUGUAUCCCAUGUAUCCGUUACUAUCAAGUCCCCACAUCCUGGUGACCAGAAUGUGGACCCUACCACUCAGAUUAUGACUCCUGCAUCACAACCCAAAUCUGGGCCUCAGCAAAACCAGCCAGAGACACCUGUUCCCAUUGCAAAGCCUGAUUUAUCCAACCCACCAUCGGAAUCAGCAAAGCUAGAGAAGGCACAGAACAAACCUGCCAAAAAUGAUCAUGCCUCCACAUCAAAGAAGCGAUGGAGUCUGGAAAAUUUUGACAUUGGCCGACCCUUAGGAAAGGGUAAGUUUGGCAAUGUCUACCUGGCCCGAGAACGGCAAACUAAGUUCAUCUUGGCCUUGAAGGUGCUCUUCAAGAAGCAGCUAGAGAAGGCAGGUGUGGAGCACCAGCUGAGGAGAGAAGUGGAGAUCCAGUCUCAUCUCAGGCAUCCUAAUAUCCUGCGUCUCUAUGGCUACUUCCACGAUGCAAGUCGUGUGUACCUGAUCCUUGAGUUUGCACCCAGAGGGGAGCUGUACAGUGAGCUGCAGCGUUGUGGAAGUUUUCCUGAAGCUAGAAGUGCCACAUACAUCAUGGAGCUUGCAGAUGCCCUGAAUUAUUGCCACACCAAGAAAGUGAUCCACAGAGACAUCAAACCAGAGAACCUGUUACUGGGAGCCAAUGGGGAGCUAAAGAUAGCAGAUUUUGGUUGGUCUGUUCACACCCCGUCUUCAAGGAGAUCCACUCUGUGUGGAACACUUGACUACUUGCCUCCAGAGAUGAUUGAGGGGAAGACUCAUGAUGAAAAAGUGGACUUGUGGAGUCUGGGAGUCCUUUGCUAUGAGUUCUUGGUCGGAAAACCCCCCUUUGAAUCGAAGACUAAUGAAGAUACCUACCGCAGGAUUUCAAGGGUGGAGUACACUUACCCUGCACAGGCCAUUAUCGGUGAUGGAGCUAAAGACUUAGUUGCCAGGCUGCUGAAACACAACCCCAUGCGCAGAUUGCCAAUUCAUGGAGUCCUAACACACCCCUGGGUGCUUGAGUACUCCACCAAGAAGCCUACCACCCUGAGCAAUGAUGAGUCCAGUCAAUAACUCUUCUUCAUCUGUGUGCUUAUGAUGCAGGACUACAACAUAAUACCAACAGUUAAUGGUAUGGCAUGCAGCUGACUUCUCCAAACCUGUGUCUUUGUGGUCACAGAAUCACUUUGUUUUUUUUUUCUUUUUGUCUGUAGACAUGUCGAGCCACUUGGUCGUCUGUUAUCUUUUAUCUUGUACUUUGUGUUUCUUGUCUUACCAAUGGCGUUCUUGCCUGUAAAUAUUUCACCUUUUCUCUUUUUUUUUGUAUAAUUAUGAACAUUUUAUUGAGCUUAUGUGAAAUGCCAUUACUUGAAAAUUAAAUAAAUUAUAAUUCUUUGAAUCUGUCACUUUUGAAUUUACCACAAUGUGUUCAUGAGUGACUGCUGCAUUUUAUUUUCAGUCUUGUUUGCAUUUCAUUUUGUUGUUUCAAAGGGUUAUUAAAACUUUGAAGUUUGUGCCGAGGCCACGCGAUGCAUCUAUGGACUCGGAGUAUUGUUAUCAAGAGGCAUUAGAGUUGAAUGCUCAACAGAGGUGCUGCGAAAUCACUGGAACUGGGAGAAUUACAUGCUUUGAACUGAACAUUUUAAGACUAUUGUUAUUAAUAAACUAGUACAAUAAAAUGUUGGACUAUAA